AUGGCAUUUGAUAACAACAAAACCUAUGAACUACCCAAAAAAUACAAGUACCUGAAAGAUUUGGGUGAGGGCUCAUACGGGGUAGUGGUACAGUGUUUGAACACAGACACCAACAAAACUGUGGCCAUAAAGAUCCCCAAACUGAAAAUGUUAUAUGACAGCGAGGUAAGUAUUUUUGUUUUGAAAGCUCACAGCAGAUUUUGUACAUAUGGAGAUACAGCAGGUGUUGUCUAUUUACAAAGUUAUAGUUAAGUUGUCUGUCAGUAGCUGCAGUAUAAACAAUACAGGUAAAAGAGACAGGAAUCUGCAUUUGCUUUUUUAAUCAAACAUUUGGAAGUCAAUUUGAAUUUUAAUUUGUGCCACAUCUAAGAGUGGCUUGAAUCAUUUUUUGAGUGUCGGUCAUCUUAAUAAAUGUGAUUGACUCACCUCUGGCUUAGUUCAGGUAAAAAGUAAGACCUGGGAAUGAAAUAGGAAUAGUCUGACUGACUGACUAAAUAUAGAUGUGAACAUUAAAACAUGAACAUUAAAACAUGUGCUUUGUGUCCUCAGAUGAAAUCGAUGAGAAUGUUGAUGAGGCGAGGGCUAAACCGUCGCAACAUUGUCAAGUUCCAUGAAAGCUUCAGUACGAUGAAUGGGGAAGCGCUGGUCUUUGAAAAUUUAGGUAUCAACAUACAGAGCUACAUAGAUAAAGGUGUACGCGGACAAAUGAUGUUGUCGGACGUCAGGACCAUCACUGUGCAGGUUUGUAUACACCAUCCUGAGGAAGGAGUUUGUAUUUCCAAAUAUAUAUUCUUAAUUAUUCAUUUCAUUGUAUUAGUCUGUUAAACUUUUGCAGUCCUCUAUAAUGUGUUUCUAUUGUUCUCUUUAUAGAUUGCCACAGCCUUGAAUGCUUUGAAAGAGAUUAGGGUUAUCCACAGAGAUAUAAAACCAGACAACGUCAUGCUGGUGGAUGAGACCCGACCCUUCAAAGUCAAGCUGAUCGACUUUGGCUUUGCCACAUCAACUUCCCUAACCAAGUAUGGCGAGAUUCUUCAAGUUCCGUGCUUCAGGUAAGCCUAGUAAAAUGCUGGUAAUGUACAUGCAUGUAAUAAAACGCGGGUCAAACAAAACAGUACCAAUACAUGUGUCUUGACUUCUUUAUGAUUGUGUUCCUGACAUUAUCUCUUUUUUUUUUCUUCCAUUAAUAGAGCUCCGGAGAUUAUUCUAGGUCUACGAUAUUCAGAAGCCAUUGACAUGUGGUCAGUGGGCUGCACGGUGUUCUACAUGCUCACUCACAGGCUCCUGUUUAGAGGAAGAACUGCUUAUGACAUAGUAAGUGUUUUUAUAUACUUUCCUCAUUUUCUCACUUUAGCCAGGUUGAAACUAGUUGUGUUGGUGUUGCAUGUGCUCAUGUUUUUAUGUGUUUAAUUAACAGCUUAAUCAGAUCAUCGAAACCUGUGGACAGCCACCGAACCAUAUGUUGAACGAAGGGAAAUAUACAGCAGAGUAUUUUGUGAAGACCAAGAAAAAUGGCUGGAGACUAAAAGUAUUAUAUCAAUUAUCAGUAUUGUUUUUAUCAUUAUCUUUGUAUGUAAAUAGGACUAAUGUCCAUUGUUGGGAAAAAUAACCUUCAUAUGAAACAUAUAACCUUCUUUCAGACACCUAAAGAGUACUGGGGCAACAAUGUAAAAGACCGCCCACGGAGACAAUUUACCAGCCUGGAUGAUCUCCAAAAAGUAAGUGUGAUGUUUGGAAUGUUUCACCACUAAAUUGGUUUAAAGGAGGGGUAUCAUGCAUUUUUUUUCAGACUCUAUAUUUCUCACAGUGGUAUAUUAAAAUAUUAUUUUCGCCGCCGUCCUAAACACUCUAUUUAAGCUGCUGUCCCUUUUACACCCCCUAUAUAUAUGUGAGUGUGUGUGUGUGUUGUAAUUUUUUGAAACAUGGAAAAAAAAAUAAUUAUGGAAAAGCAUGACUCCCCACCCCCCCAAAAAAGAAACAAAAUAGAAUCAUCAGAAUGACUUGACUAAUUGUGGUUUUUUUUAACCAGGAGGGAAUGAACACACAUGAGCCUCAACAGUUCAAGCAGUGCAUGGAGCUGAUAAAGGCCAUGUUGAAGAUAGAUCAACAUAACAGGAUCACUCCCUGUGAUGUCCUUAGACAUCCGUUCGUCACCCAGUAAGUGUGAUUUUUUUAAACCAUGCAAUUGUUUUUAAGAUCAAAGUAAAGAGAGGCCAGAAUUGUUUUUGCCAUUGGUCCUUACAAACCUUUUAGCUACAGUCCCAUGAGUUUAACACAUAAUUUUUCUUUCUAACAGGAAAAAUCAGACCAAGACCAGAGCGAGUACAUCUGUGCGACCCUUGGAUUUCAAUCCCAGUGCAGCUCCUUUGGUCGAUCUGAUCGCUCAAACAAAGGUGAUUUUGGUCCAACCUGCUUCACCCGAGAACACAAUGCAGCUGAAACCCUUGGAUUUCAAUCCUAGUGCAGCUCCUUCGGUCGAUCUGAUCACUCAAACAAAGGUGAUUAUGGUCCAACCUGCUUCACCUGAGAACACAAUGCAGCUGGAACCCUUGGAUUUGAAUCCUAGUGCAGCUCCUUCGGUCGAUCUGAUCACUCCAACAAAGGUGAUUAUGGUCCAACCUGCUUCACCCAAGAACACAUCGCAGCUGGAAGACACCGAAAGAGAAGUCAGGUAAGAGAAACAAGUUCAUUACUAAUUCUUGACAACAGAAGGUGAUGCUCAUGGGAGAUCAGCAAACACUCCCAAUUUUCUACAAAGGGGUCACCAGAAUCAACAAAAAAAUUUCCUACUGUGUCCAAUUAAAGACUGAAUUCAGAAGAUAGUAGAAGGAAUAGAGCGCUAACUUUGUGUGUGUUUUUAGAUUGCAGGCUGAGCCAAAAAAGACGCCGGAAGUCUCAAAGGCACAUCCUCCACCACCAGAUGCUGGAAAAGAGACAAAGAAGAAGAAGAAAAACUGCUGCCAGCGUUUCUUUGCCUGGAUAAGGAAGACCUUCCGCUGCAAUCAAGUGGGAGUCAUGGGGGUUACUUGUUCAGAAACUUCAUAA